AUGUAAACGAUUGAUAUUCAAAAAAAAAUCAAUUCAUAAUCAUUUCUAAUCUUCUUCUAUUUGGAGGAUCAUAUUUAAAAUGGCGACUUUUUAUCAGCUGUUCAGAAUUCUAGAGUGCAAUACUCUUUUCCUUGUUCUAUUUUUAAUUGGAUUAGUUUGGAUUGGAGAACUGCAAAGACAGAGUUUAGCUGAGAAAAUAGUUGAAUACAGUGAGAAACAAAGUAGAGUAAGAGGACUUAGCUCAUUUGUACAUUCAUGUACAGUAGAUAUUCAGAUGAUAAAAUCGAUAUUGUCUGUGAACACAAGUAAGCUGGAGGACUUGAGGAAUGAUGAGGUGGGGAUCGUGGACAACUACAACAACUGCGUGGAUGACUUUCAAAUCAAAUACAACAAGUCAAUUUACAGUUCUUCGCUGUGAGAUCUAAGACACAUGAAAAUUAAUGAACAAAUAAAAUGUUGAUCGUCUAAAGUCAA